AUGAUCGGAUAUGCGGAUGCUGCAAGUCUCCAAGCGAGUCCAAAGCCUGCAGACCCGGGCAUUCCUCGGAUGACACCUGCAGUAUUGCGGAAGUCUUGCUUGGAAAACAGAGGCUAUGAGCUUCCAGAAUUGAACGAAGUCCUCAUUCUCCACUACAAAGGCUUUCGCAAGAUAGAGGGCUUGGAUGACUACACUAAUGUGCGGUCCAUAUUCCUUGAAUGCAAUGGAAUUAGCAAGAUUGAGAACUUGGAGGUGAUGCCUCAACUGGUGUCCCUUUACUUGCAAUCCAAUUGUAUUAUGCGGAUAGAGAACUUGGAUUCGCUGACCAAUCUGCAGUAUCUCAAUUUGUCGAAGAAUAGCAUAUCUGAAGUGGAAAAUUUAGCAGCCUUGAGCAAGCUGGAGACCCUCAAUCUCGCCUCGAACAAACUUGAAGAUGUGGAGAAAUUAAAAGGCUUGACUGAAAGGCCUAGUCUGAAGAGUGUUGAUGUGAGUUCCAACUACUUUGAAGAUGGAGAUGCUUUGUUGAGCUUCUGGCCAGAGCAUCUACCGAAUGUUCUAUGUUUGUACAUACAUCACAAUCCUUGCUCCAGAGGUUUGAAAGAUGCUCGACGGCGUCUUGUCUCAACCUUACCCAAGCUUCGUUGGAUUGAUGAGCGUCCAGUCACCGCCAUGGAACGUGCAGGCUGUGAGGCCUGGGCGAUUGGUGGCAAGGAUGCUGAAAUGGAAGCGAAACACGCACAUUGGCUUAAGGAAAAAGAGGAGAAGGACAGGAGCUUUCAGAAUUACAGGCGCAUUCAGCAGGAAUAUGUUGAACGGGCAAAUGCUCUGAAAGAGGCGAACAUGUGUCAAGAUGAGGCUACAGCCGGAGUGAAAGCUGCUCAAGUUACCGAAGCUACUGAAGUUUCAGAAGCUACCGAAGCAACAGAAAGCAGCGAAGAGACAACCCCCGAAGGCUUCAUUUUGAUACCGGAUACAUUUGGUCGCGGAGAUAAAGCUAAAAAGGUAGACAAUGCAUGCACUCCUGUCGAUGACCUGAGUUCACCACCUGCAGAGUCCCACACACCAGAGGAUUCAGCAUCUCCAGCAGUUUGUGAGGAAACUGCCAACAGUGGAUCCGAUUCUCUGGAAGAACUUGAAGUUGGAGAAGAGCAAGAAGAAUCUGUCAAGAUUCCCACAGUCUUCGAAUGGACCGGCUUCAAGGAUAGGUACAAUUUCAAGAAGGCAUCGGCAGCGCUCGGCAAGGAAUUUGAUUGUGACGUUAGCGAGCAAGAGUGCAGACGCAGGUAUGGUGAGCUUUGCCGCCCUUCCCAAAUAACUGGAAACCGACAAGAGGCAGCAAGGCAGAGUAUGAAGGAGGGCAGUGGACGUGCUGCAGAUGGUCCACCACCAGAUGCUGCUGCUGUCAAAGAGGUGUCCCAGUGGUUUGUACGUCGCAUUCGUCAGGGAAACGGGCAAGCAGUCCAAAAGAAGCAGACUCCGAAAUGGGCCGCGAACAGGCAGGAUCCAGACGAGCAUGAAAUCGACCCAGAGCAAGAACACCUUGCUCCUGCUCCUGAUCGGCAUCUUUGGGAGAGGCGCCCAUUGCCACAAGACAUGGUGGAGUAUGCCUUGGAGGAUGACGAAGAUGUCAAGCCCAUGCUGCAGCUUCAGCGGCUUUUGCUUCAAGAGUUGGUGGAAGCGCUUGGAGAGCAGGAUGCUUGGCAGCUUGUGAAGGAAGGAUCUAUGGCCUAUGCAGCAGACUUUGCUUCACAGAGAGAAUGCCGCUGCCGACUAUGCUGCAAUGCCGCCGAAAAUGCACGAUUUGAUGGUUUCCGCUUCAUGCAGCGCCUCCAGGCUUGCCAGAAAGAAGCGAACUUGACAGGUUGUAGGACAGGUCGCUAG